AGACAGUGAUAUUGUAAUAUCAAAAGUUUUCUCGAAAACAGCAUCCUUUUAUCAAAUAUGGGAGUGCGUGACGCCACGAAUUAUUUGCUGUUCAAUAAUCCCGUCGCCAGCGGUGUCUGGGGCUUUUUGUCUUCGAGUAAAUCGAAGACAGCCGCCAUCACCCAACAGGCCGCUAGUCAAACCACGAAGGUCGUUGCGGAAACCCUUCCUCCAAUGUGGAAGCUACUUGGAUCUAAUCGGCAUAUCCUCAAGAUAGCCGGUUUGAGCGGCGCCACAGCGGUUAUGCUGGGAGCGUAUGGAGCGCAUCAUCAUUUCCGCAUCGGUGAUGACAAGGAGCGUGAUCCGAAAACCAUAUUUGAAAUGACAAACCGAUACCAUUUCAUGCACUCGCUAGCGCUUCUAGCUGCUCCACUGGCCAGAAAACCGUAUUUGACCACAAUACUGAUUACUUCUGGCAUGGUGUUGUUUUGCGGAACAUGCUAUUAUAUAUCGUUCACAAACGAUCGUCAGGUCGGAAAAUUCACCCCGGUAGGGGGAUUCCUUCUGAUUUUUGGAUGGCUUUCCUUCAUACUCUAAAUCAUUGAACUGCUUUUCUGUUUUUACUCAUGGCUUCACAGUAGUUGAAUAUAACUACGCAAAAACAAGUUAAAUAUAUGUGUUAGUGUCAAAACAAAACAAAAACAGUAAAAUGAAA